GUGGCCCUAAGCUCAGUACUGUGUAGUGGCUUGUGAGAGAGAGGACAUGCAGGCUGCAGCUCUGGUGGUGUUCCUGGGGGCCCUACUGGGUCUCCUCCAUGCGACCCCCCUGCCUUCUGAACCCCUUCUGCCCACUCAGGAGAACUUCGACCUGGACCGGUUUAUGGGGAAGUGGUAUGAUGUGGCGGUGGCCUCCACCUGUCCAUGGAUGCAAAAGCACAAAGGGCUCUCUGCUGUCGGCACCCUGACGCUGGAGAAACAGGCCACAGGAGACACCGUCAGCAUGACCAGAACCAUGUGGUCCAGGCAUGACGGAUCCUGCAGGGAGAUAUCUGGGGACUAUCAGUUGACCGACACACCUGGCCAAUUCAAGUACCAUGUGUCCAAGUGGAACGCUGAUGUGGAUGCUUAUGUGGUACACUCUAACUAUGACGAGUACGCCCUCGUAGUGAUGUACAAGCAGAAACAGGGCGGCGACAAAACCACCUCCGUCAAACUGUACGGCCGUACUCCAGAACUGCGGGACACUCUGAUGGAGGACUUCAAGCGUGUGGUCAGAGAGCAGGGCAUGAGUGAAGAUGCCAUCACCAUCAAGCAGAACAAAGGGGAAUGCACCCCUGGAGACAUUAUGAUCGUCAACACACCUGCCCCACAGGAUUCCUCUGCACUGGACUGUUUUUCUUGGGUGUGUUCGGUCCGGCAGAGGGCCCGGAGGUCUGCUCUGCUGCUUCCUCAGGCGGACGAAGAGGGCUCUGGAGCACCUGCCGAGGACACGCCCCUCUUCAGGGGUGCAGAGUCGUGUCAGGCCGCACCGGAUUCAGGUCCGUGUUUCGGAAUGUCCCCGCGCUUCCACUACAACUCCUCGCUCAUGGCCUGCCAGGUGUUCAACUACGGCGGUUGCCUAGGCAACCAGAACAACUUCAUGACAGAAAAGGAGUGCUUGCAGAGCUGCCGCACGGAAGCUGCCUGUAGGCUGCCCAUAGACGCCGGCUCAUGCAACACACACGUGGAGCUGUGGGCCUUCGACGCCAACGCCAGCAAGUGUGUGUCCUUCAAGUACGGGGGUUGCCAGGGCAAUGGAAACAAGUUCUACAGCCAGAAGGAGUGUGAGGAGUACUGUGGAGUGAUGAGGGAUGGUGACGAGGAAUUGCUCAAGGCAAAUUGAGGGAUGCACAAGCCCACUCUCUCUCUCUCUCUCUCACACACACACACACACACGCAUAUAUAUACCUAUACAGUACACACAAACUAGCACACACAGAGAGACAUAAAUACUCAUCUUCCUUCAACCCACUGCGCUACUAAUCCAGCCAUCCUAGGCUACAGUAGAUGCUGCUUCUAUCCUAUUGACUAUAAUAAAGACACAGAUGCACUGUUCUGGACCAUU